UGAGAGUGACUUUGUUUGACUAAAUUUUUAUUUAUUUUUAUCGCACCCUAGCCCUAGGCCUACAGUAAAAUUUUAAAUGUUAGGAACUACUUUGAAUUUAAAAAAUAAGCAAUCAAAUGACCAAAUUGAAACAGUAUAUGUAAAAAUAGUAACAUUUAUAUUUAUCCUAACUUUUGUAUAUUUCAGAUAGAGUCAAUACGUCUAAAUCCGAUAUAGAGGGUAAUUCCGAACAAUGGCGGCCAUUGUUCAUAAGCUGGGGGUAAUUCCGAACACUAUAAUAUUAUUUGCUUAACUGUUUCAUGAUAUUACAUACCUUAUUUUUCCAAUGUCUGUGAAAAUUCUUGAAUCAUGAUUUUUUCAAAAUUGCCAUGCUUAAUCUCUAGAGAUUUGGCGAGAUUUGUUCUUUCGCCCUCUAUCGGCAGCAAAAAAAUAUCGCUCAAAAAUUUUUUGAUUGUGCUAAAAUUUCAAGGAAUGUGAGUAUAAUUUGUACAGUUUUGCGUCUAAGAACUGAAUAAACCUUUUCAAUAUGAGUUCUUAGAUAUCUUUCAUGUUGUUAUACAACCCUAUAUACAUUUUUCAUGUGAAACUCGUUAAUAAAUGAGGUGUUCGCAUUUACCCCCAGCUUUUUCAGGAACCGUUGAAAUUUGAUUGUGUUUUGUUCUCUCUGGACUUGAUACGAUUUAUCAUGAAUUUUAUACUCAUAUUCUUUCAACUGAUUUUAUUUUUUCUACCAGUUCUCUAUCUUCUACCUUAGUAUUAGUGUUAAGGUUAUAUGAAAUAAUAAUCUCAAUAAUGCCCAGUGAUUGUUCUGCUGACCCCUGGUUGUAGCAAUGGUGUUACAUAUGAUGUUACAUUCACUUUGAAUUGUUAUUUUUUUCAGAAUGCCACGUAAAUAUAAUGCUAGGAAUAAGAAGCCAGGUUGGUCCGAUGAUGACAUGCGAAGGGCCCUGGAAUUGAUUGGGAAUGGCCAGUCUGUUAGAUCAACUGCCCGCCAGACUGGCAUUCCCCUUACUACAUUGCAUGACCACAAAAGUGGCAAAAUUGAGAUUGGGGCUAGACGAGGCAGACAGCCAGCUCUUCCACGUGAUGUGGAAGAAGAAAUAAUCUCGAAAACGAUCAAGGCGGCAAAGUCCGGAUUUGGGAUUUCACGCUUUCAGCUGCAGCACAAGGCAGGGCGUGUUGCCAAAGCCCUGAAACUUUCCACCCCUUUUCUUAAAGAUAACAGGGGCAACAUGGUGGCCGGAAGAGUAAGUCUUAGUUGUUUGACUUGUUUGUUGUCUUACUUUACUUGA